GGAGAAGAAUGUCUGGCAGUCGGUGGGGACUCCAAAUCUAAAUCCAAUCGAUUCCAUCUUAAUAGCAGGAAAAGGAUAGGAAGGAGGAGUAAGGCCGAAGCACCAAAUAUUGCCAUUGCCAUUGCCAUUGCCAUUUCAGAAUCAGAAUCAGAUUCAGUUGGAAGAAGAAGAAGAAGCUCCAAUCUCAUCAACCCUGCGCGCUUCAGAGUUAGUUGAUCGAUCCUACGGCUGGCUGCCGUAUUCUUUAUCUCACGAUCUUCAUUCACGUGGCAAUUACGAAUGGAUGUGAGUUUUCCCACGUUGGCCCGAAUUCCACCUUUGUAUUUUUUCUGGUAAUAGCUGAUUUUCACUGCGUAAUUUGCACCAUUCAUACACAACGCAACGUGAACCAGCCGACUCCACUCCAAUGGCGCUAUUGAGUUGCCAAGAAGGCUCAUAAAUCAUGUGGACGGAGGUUUUUGCUAAUGACUCCAUUUACUCUCUGAGGUAAGUAGGGGUUUUACGUCCAUCCCUCCUUUCGCAGGCGUCGCUUAUCUUUGGCUAUGGAUUCUCACAUCUGCUAUGGGAAUGACAGGGCUAGUUUAUCUUUUAUGAAUUUGGAAAUUUUGUUGGAUUGAAAGCGAGACAGAUUGAACUAACAGAAUGAGUUUUACUUUUAGUUCACUUGAGAUAUCAUUCUCUUGUUUCGAGAGCAAUUCUCAUAGCAAGAAUUUGAAGCCACUUGCUCCUAAAGUUGCCAUUAGGCUUGGUGGGUUGCGUGAUGGGGUUGUGAGGAAGGCAUAUAUUUCAAACCACUUAGUCCCUGGCCACUCAGAAGGUUCUCUUCUAGGGAAGAAACAGCUGAGUGCUCACGAACCACCUUCGAAGUUGGACUUAGUGCGGACAUUGUUGAUCGACAAUUAUGAUAGUUAUACAUAUAACAUUUAUCAAGAGCUAUCAGUCAUUAAUGGAUCAGUGCCUCCGGUGGUGAUUCGCAACAAUGAAUGGUCUUGGGAAGAUAUUUGUCACUAUCUGUAUGAAGAGAAGGCAUUUGACAAUAUUGUGAUAUCUCCUGGUCCUGGUUCUCCAAUGUGUGCCUCUGAUAUAGGAAUAUGCCUCAGGUUAUUGCUUGAAUGUAGUGACAUCCCUGUUUUAGGAGUUUGCCUUGGUCACCAGGCUUUAGGUUAUGUUCACGGUGCCGAGGUUGUUCAUGCUCCAGAACCUGUUCAUGGACGCUUGAGUGAAAUCGAGCAUAACAACUGUGGACUAUUCCAUGGGAUUCCUUCAGGACAAAAUUCCGGAUUUAAGGUUGUCCGGUAUCACUCCCUUGUAAUAGACCAAUACACACUUCCCACAGAGCUUAUACCUAUAGCCUGGACUUCAUCUGAAAACAACACCUUUCUCGGAAUCAAAAACUCUGAUUCCUACCUCAAUGGAUAUGAAAGUCAAGUUGUUCCACAAAGUGACAAACUUCUCAUGGGUAUUAUGCACUCCAAUAGGCCUCAUUAUGGUUUGCAGUUCCAUCCAGAGAGCAUUGCUACAUGUCAUGGGAGGCAAAUAUUAAAAAAUUUUGCUGAUAUCACGAAGACCUACUGGUUUGGAUUAAGGUCAACGUUGAAUAGAGAGAGGAAUGUUCAUUAUGCUGCAUGCAUGCAGGUGCCUAAUGGAGCUCAAUUGUUCCAAAAUGUUUCCAGGAGGAAGCAUUUGGUGAAUCGUAAUGACAAGAAGCAUGUGAGCAAUGGUAACUCGAUUAACUCCUCACAGUCAAGAAUUGCAGCGUCUCUCAAGUUAAAAUGGAGAAAAGUUGAAUGUUCUGUGAGCCAAGUUGGUGGAGCUGCAAGCAUAUUCUGUGAGCUGUUUGGAAAACAAGAUCCUGGAAACACAUAUUGGCUCGAUAGUUCCUCAACAGAACCGAUCAGAGCACGCUUUUCUUUUAUGGGUGGUAAAGGUGGGCCUCUAUGGAGACAACUGACAUUUAGAUUGUCAAACAACAGUAAUAUGGCACAUAAUAAUGGAGGCUAUCUAUCAAUUGAAGAUUCUGAGGGUUCUAUUACAAGUCUAUAUUUGGAGGAUGGAUUUUUUAACUUUUUGAACAAGGAGCUUGCGUCGUUUCGCUAUGAUGAAAAAGAGUAUGAAGGAUUGCCUUUUGAUUUCUAUGGUGGCUUUAUUGGUUACAUCGGGUAUGACCUAAAAAUUGAAUGCGGGGCUUCCUCAAAUUGCCACAAAUCAAGCACCCCUGAUGCUUGUCUUUUCUUUACAGAUAAUCUUAUUGUAAUAGAUCAUCAAUGUGAUGAUAUUUAUGUUAUGUCAUUACACGAUGAGAAUAUCAUUGAAACUCCCUGGUUAGAUGACACUGAGUUGAAACUUCUUGAGAUGAAAGGUUGUCCCCCUGGAAAAUCCUUAUCUCGGGAAUCUGGAUUUUCCUUGGAACAUUCAGAAGGUGAAGGGUUUUCAGUUGAGAAAUCGAGGGAGCAAUACAUCAAGGAUGUUGAAACUUGUCAGAAAUACAUAAAAGAUGGAGAGAGCUAUGAGUUGUGUCUCACAACGCAGAUGAGAAAGAGAUUAGGCGAAAUACAACCCCUGGGACUUUAUCUUAAUCUCCGGGAAAAAAAUCCAGCUCCCUAUGCUGCUUGGCUUAAUUUUUCCAAACAAAAUUUAUGCAUUUUCUGUUCUUCACCUGAGAGAUUUCUUCGGUUGGACCGGAAUGGCAUCCUAGAAGCAAAGCCCAUCAAAGGAACUAUAGCUCGUGGAGCAUCUCCGAAGGAAGAUGAACUACACAAGCUACAGCUGCAGCACAGUGAGAAAGAUCAAGCUGAAAACUUAAUGAUUGUCGAUCUUCUGAGGAAUGACCUGGGGCGGGUUUGUGAGCCAGGCUCUAUUCAUGUGCCACAUCUGAUGGAAAUCGAAUCAUAUGCUACUGUCCACACUAUGGUAAGUACAAUACAAGGGAAAAAAAGAUCAAAUGUCAGCGCUGUCGACUGUGUCCAGGCAGCAUUUCCCGGCGGGUCAAUGACUGGUGCACCAAAGUUGAGAUCAAUGGAAAUUCUGGACUCACUGGAAAGUACUUCAAGAGGCGUUUACUCUGGAUGCAUCGGGUAUUUCUCGUACAACCAAACAUUUGAUCUGAAUAUAGUCAUCAGGACUAUUGUUGUACAUGAAGGUGAGGCUUCCAUUGGAGCUGGAGGCGCCAUCACAGCUCUUUCAAAUACCAACGAUGAGUAUGAAGAAAUGUUGCUGAAAACCCGAGCUCCCAGUAAGGCUGUUAUCGAAUAUCUGAAGAGCACAAACUCUAUGCUGCACGCACGAAAAGGAUUUACAAGAGCUACUUGAAAGAUGAUGGAGUUGGCAUGCUUAACAUAUUAUGAUGAAGGCAUAUUAUUGAUUCAUUUUUCUCAUUUAGUUGUCAAGAAUAUAUUAAGAUUUGGAAUGGAAUUUUUGCACUAACAUUGAUGGAUAUUUAUACUUUCUUGAUGAGGCGACGGGAUUGUGUUUGAGGUUUGCUUUAUCCCAUCUCAUAAUUCUCAUUAGAUAUUAAUGAAGCCACAUGUUCUGUCAUUUAAGAUUAGGGGGAAAAAUAAAUAAUAUGUUGGAUAUU